GCGGCGGCGGCGGCGGCGCCUCGUGCGCGCGGUUAUUUAUUUAUUUCCGGGCCCCAGAGCGCUUAUAAUGGAGCCGCUGUCAGCAGAACCUUCUGCUGCCGCCGCCGCCGCCGCUGUCCCUCCUCUUUUUUUUCCCGGCAGAUCUUUGUUGUGUGGGAGGGCAGCAGGGAUGGACUUGAGCUUGCGGAUCUCCUGCUAGAGCAGCCGCGCUUGGAGAGGGCGCCGCAGCCGCGAGGAGGAGCCGCCGCCGCCGCCCCGAGGCCCCGCCGGACCCGGCCUCCGUCCGCCCGCGCCCCCGCUCGGCCCACUCGCCCCGCGCCUCCCGGCAGAGUCCCCUCCCGGCGGCAGAUGUGUGUGGGGUCAGCCCACGACGGGGACUAUGGUGAAAUUCCCGGCGCUCACGCACUACUGGCCCCUGAUCCGGUUCCUGGUGCCCCUGGGCAUCACCAACAUAGCCAUCGACUUCGGGGAGCAGGCCUUGAACCGAGGCAUCGCUGCUGUCAAGGAGGAUGCAGUGGAAAUGCUGGCCAGCUAUGGGCUGGCAUACUCCCUCAUGAAGUUCUUCACGGGUCCCAUGAGUGACUUCAAAAAUGUGGGGCUGGUGUUUGUGAACAGCAAGCGAGACAGGACCAAAGCCGUCCUGUGCAUGGUGGUGGCCGGUGCCAUUGCUGCCAUCUUUCACACCCUGAUAGCUUAUAGUGACUUAGGCUACUACAUUAUCAAUAAACUGCACCAUGUGGAUGAGUCUGUGGGCAGCAAAACGAGGCGGGCCUUCCUGUAUCUCGCUGCCUUCCCUUUUAUGGAUGCAAUGGCGUGGACCCAUGCUGGCAUUCUCCUCAAACACAAAUACAGUUUCCUGGUGGGAUGUGCCUCGAUCUCUGAUGUCAUCGCUCAGGUCGUGUUUGUCGCCAUCUUACUGCACAGUCACCUGGAAUGCAGAGAGCCUCUGCUCAUCCCCAUCCUGUCCUUGUACAUGGGCGCCCUCGUGCGCUGCACCACCCUGUGCCUGGGCUACUACAAGAACAUCCACGACAUCAUCCCCGACCGGAGUGGACCAGAGCUGGGGGGAGAUGCAACCAUAAGAAAGAUGCUGAGCUUCUGGUGGCCUUUGGCGCUCAUCUUGGCCACACAGAGGAUCAGUAGGCCGAUCGUCAACCUCUUUGUUUCCCGGGACCUUGGUGGUAGUUCCGCAGCUACUGAGGCAGUGGCAAUUUUGACAGCCACAUACCCUGUGGGUCACAUGCCAUAUGGCUGGUUGACGGAAAUCCGUGCUGUCUACCCGGCUUUUGACAAGAAUAACCCCAGCAAUAAACUGGUGAGCACUAGCAACACCGUGACCGCGGCCCACAUCAAGAAGUUCACAUUUGUCUGCAUGGCCUUAUCACUCACGCUCUGUUUCGUGAUGUUCUGGACGCCCAACGUUUCUGAGAAAAUUCUGAUCGACAUCAUCGGCGUGGACUUCGCCUUUGCAGAGCUCUGCGUCAUUCCCCUGCGCAUCUUCUCCUUCUUCCCGGUUCCAGUCACUGUGAGGGCGCAUCUCACCGGGUGGCUGAUGACUCUGAAGAAGACCUUCGUGCUGGCCCCCAGCUCCGUGCUUCGGAUCAUUGUCCUCAUCACCAGCCUCGUGGUCCUGCCCUACCUGGGGGUACACGGAGCCACUCUGGGUGUGGGCUCCCUCCUGGCAGGGUUCGUGGGAGAAUCCACCAUGGUCGCCAUAGCCGCGUGCUACGUCUAUCGGAAACAGAAAAAGAAGAUGGAGAACGAGACAGCGGCCGAGGGGGAGGACUCGGCCAUGACAGACAUACCACCGGCAGAGGAGGGGACCGACGUGGUGGAAAUGCGAGAGGAGAACGACUAAGGAGCGAGCGGACGCGGGGACAGCAGGGCAGCCGAGGGGGCAGCGCAGCGACAUCUCCUCUCCCGUCGUGCUUGCUUUCUUCUGCUGGGGGUUUGGGUUUGGGUUUGGGUUUGGGUCAGGGAAGAGGCCUCGCCGUGAAGGUCUCGCGGAGACUCUGCGGCAUACUGGGUGCGCCCACUCGGCUGCGGGGACCCGAACUGCGGUCUCUGCCGUCACCUCCUGCACACGAAUAGAACGAUGAGUUCACGCCCCGCUUCCCCCGAAAUCCCGAAGGCGCAGCUGCCUCUAGAACAGCCUGUCUCCUCCUCCUCCCUCGGACAAUCUCCACUCGGAACCAAAGGACUGCGGCUGUGCCAGCGGGCCCUCGGCCACCCCCGCCCAGGGCCGGCCUGGACCCUGUCCCUCCGCAUCUCUCUUCCCAAUCCACACGCUACAGCUCGGCUCCCUCUGGCUGGCUUCCCGGGAACACAGCUGCGCGGAGAGACGCGGCCCCGGAGGCCUUCCACCCCGCACGGCCUGCGGCCACCAACGGCCCCCGCCCCCAGGCAGAGCGUCCGCGACGGGCGGCGGCCGGCCUGGCCGUUCACACUGACCGGUGCCUUUGUGAACGCGCUGCACGGCCGGACAGACGGCCAGGCCUGCCCUCCCGUGGGAAGGUUCGGGCCGCCAGGGGCGUAGCGGACUGAACGAGAGCAUCUCACCGGCAUUUUCCUAGGUUUGAGCGAGCUCCCACCUUUCAGGCCCCGCCGUGUACAUACAUGAGCUAUUUUUUUUUAAGUUGUCAGGACAGCGCAUCUCCAAAUGUCCGCAUCCUCAGGCAUGACUGUCCCCGAAGGCUUGUUUUUCACUCACCUUUCCUGAAGAUGGCGCUAGAGCAAGUGAAACGGAGCGUUCUAACUUCACAUUCUUAGUUUUUAAAAAAGUGAACGGAAGCUUUAAGUCAUAAUCUAGCAUUCUAAUGCCAGGUUGCUGUAUCGUAACUUUCGAAGUAGAUUCAUUACCUGGUUCCGCUGCUCUUAGUCAUAACCACGCGGGACAGGUAAUUUCACGCCACACGAUAAAGCAAGACAUUUUCUAAGCGAUAGCAAAGUCACUAUGUGAUAUUCCCUGAAAUGACACAUUUGAGAUCCAUUUAGUGCAGUAUAUUUUUCUAAGUUUUGGAAAGCGGGUUUUUUCUUUAAAAAAUUAUGGACACAGUUCACUAAAUUCUUGAUUUAGUCAAAAUUCCUAGACGGAAAGAACCUAAACACAAAAAUAUUUUAAAGAUAUAAAUAUAUACUGUAUAUGUUAUGUAAUUUAUUUUAGGCUAUAAUACAUUUCCUAUUUUCGCAUUUUCAAUAAAAUGUCUCUAAUACAAUACGGUGAUUGCUUGUGUGCUCCACAGACCUGCAGUUGAAACGUAUUGUAUCGAUGAACAUUGUAUUUUAUUUACAGCAGUUUUACAGAGUCUGUCAUUUGUAUAUAAAUGUAAGGCUCAAUAAAUGAGAGAACUAUUUUUCAUUAUGGGUGGCAGGGGUAUAAAUAGGUCAGCUGGCAUAGACAACAGUGGGAAUGGAAAUAUACACUGGAAGGGGCAAAAAAGAAAAAAAGGAAGAAACAGGCAAGCCUUUCGUGUUUAUUGUUUUCAGUGCUGUGUAAUCAUAUUGUUCCUCGUUUAAAAAAAAAAAAAAGAAUGUAAGGGCAUAAAGUCAGCCAUGAACAUCACAGGGCUGCAUUCACAUUUCCGGACAUCAAGUGACCUUGGGUGUGUCCACCAUGGGGACAGAUUUUCAUGUGCUUCCUCUGAGAGACUUUUCCUCCAUAUAGAUGAGUGCUGGGAAUUAAGAUGGGUAGCUCUCGGCUGGUUUCAGGGGCAGAUCUGAGAAGAUGGGGAAGAAAACGUCUAAUUGUAUCAGCUUUUUAAAAGUACAUGACUAGAAAAUUAAACAGCAGUAUUUUUUAA